AUGAAUGGUAGAGUCCAAGGUAACUUUCUUGGGAGGAAGGGUCUUAGACAAGGAGACCCAAUUUCUCCUUUGCUUUCUGUUCUUGUUAUGGAGUAUUUUACUAGGCUUCUCAUUGAAGCUACUCAAACUAAGGAUUUCAAAUAUCACCCUAGUUGUAAGAAGCUGAAGUUGGUGAUCCUUUGUUUUGUUGAUGAUUUGGUGCUGUUUUGUAAGGGAGCUGAUGCAUCUGUUCAGAUUAUUAAAGAUUCCUUCAAGUCUUUUAGUCUUGCCUCUCGUUUAACAGCCAAUCUAGAUAAAUCUCGGGUUUAUUUUGGGGGUAUGGCAGAGAAAGAGACCAAGAGUAUUCUAGAGCGACUUCACUUUGCUGAAGCUACUUUCCCUAUAAAGUAUCUUGGAAUUCCUCAUAGACCUACGAAGUGGAAAGCAGGGGACUGUGCAGCAAUAAUAAAAAAGAUCCACAUGAAGCUUCAUCAUUGGUCCAGUCGUCAUUUGUCCUUUGCUGGGAGAGCUCAGCUUAUCAACUCUGUGUUAUUGGGGAUAGAUGCCAUUUAUCUUAAAGGGGAAAGUUUCUGGGAUUACAAAAUUCAUUCUGAUGUGAGCUGGUACUGGUGUAAGUUGGUUAAUCUGAAAUCUGUUAUCACUGCUGAGGUGCUGGAAAAGUCAGUUAAGAACAACAAAGUUAAUGUUAGCAAUCUUUAUGUUCAGCUGCUAAACAAGGAAAAGGUUUCAUUUGCUCAUGUGGUUUGGUGCAAUCUGACUUUGCCCAAGCACAAAUUUAUCUUAUGGCAAGCUACUUUAGGUCAUUUACUGACCACAAACAACUUGGUGCGGUGCCACAUGCAGUUGAAUUCUGUUAUGUGCCCGACUUGUGAUAUGCAGCAGGAAAGCCACGACCAUCUGUUCUUUCAGUGCCAGUUUUCUCAGUUGGUGAGAAUUCGAAUUGCUGAAUGGCUGGGGAAUGCUAUCUGGCCAGUUCAGUUUAAAGAUCGGUCUUCUUGGAUGAUGGGGAAGCCUAAGGGUCUGAAGAAAAUGCUGGCAGCAGCAGCUUUAGCUGCUUCAGUCUAUCUGAUUUGGUGGAAUAGGAACAAUUGUCUGUUUAAUUUUUGUUCUAUGACUGUGGAUAAAUUUAUUUAUUUGUUAAAAGUUUACUUGAAAGCUAGAGUUGCUAAACUGUCUAGGACUAAGUUGAAGAGCAAAGAUUUAGCUUUCCUUGAGAAAUUAAGUCUCAUGUAA